CAUCACUGAAACAGUAGCAGUGAAGCUGGGUCGCCAGUUUGUGCGCGAAUACACCGUCUAUUACGGUCACGCAGCUUUAACGCCGCACGGUCGGACACGCCACUCACCGUCACCACCAACGGCGGCGUGCACCGACUAAAAGUCAAGAUGGCGACUGACGGUCAGUCCGAGUACGAGGCGGUCCUCUGUGUCAAACCUGAAGUCAACGUUUACCGAAUCCCACCGAGAGCUUCCAACCGGGCUAUCAGGGCUGCCGAUUGGAAGCUGGAUGCUCCCGACUGGACAGGACGCAUGCGUGUGACGGCCCGGGGUAAAGUGGCCUACGUGAAAUUGGAAGACAAAAUCUCUGGGGAGCUGUUUGCCCAAGCACCAGUGGUCGAGUACCCUGGCAUCACAGUGGAAACAGUUAGUGACUCAAGCCGUUACUUUGUGCUCCGCAUCCAAGAUGACAACGGCCGAAGUGCGUUCAUAGGCAUUGGGUUCGGAGACAGAGGCGAUUCCUUUGACUUCAAUGUUGCACUUCAAGACCACUUCAAGUGGGUAAAACAGGAAGAUGAAUUUAAGAAGCAGGAGCAGGCUCCAGACACCACCCCUAAACUGGACCUAGGCUUCAAAGAAGGACAGACCAUUACUCUCAAUAUUGGGCAAUCAAAAAAGAAGGACAGGUCCCGCCCGCAGAGUUCAGGUGGCUUUGGGCUUCUUCCACCUCCUCCUGGGGGCAAGUUAGCCCCACCUCCUUCAUCCAGAUCUACCAAUCAUAACACACAGCCAUCUGUAGGAGGAAGUGACACCGGUUUUUUGCUAGAUCUGGACACCAGUAACUCCAACUCAGCAACUCCCUCCGACCCCACCAGCACAGCCAGCUCGGACCUGUGGGGAGACUUUGACUCCGUAUCCACGAAGUGAGGAGGGAUACAUUUUGUUUGUCUCCCACUUAUCUAUCUGUAUACAAUGCAGCACAUUUUGCUACUUUUGUUUCCCCCUGUUAUGGGGUCCCGUAUCUCUCCCUGCCAAGCAGGGUAACGCCCUGUGCUAGUUUGUUUUAUUUUAGUUCAGUCCCUCAUGGCUUUUGCUCUUAGCCAGAGAUACACCCUGACCUCAUAAUCCAGUCUUAAUUAGAAAGAUUUACAACUAUAGGCCAUCACGCUAUGCCCACCCCCCAUCCUACUUGGGGAUCCUCUUCCCUCUCUCCUUCUGUAUAUCCAAUCUAGCUCUAUAGUUUCCAUUUUCCCGUUUGAAUUCAGCUUUUUCCCUUUUUUGUCCUCGUCUUAAUGUUUUAUUUGCUGAUUUCUAUCGUAGAGUAUACACAAUAGAAAUAUGAGCAAGGGAGACAUAAUCAGAAACAUCUGAUUGAUGAAAUCAAAUUAAAUAUAAUAAUGAAUGAA